CGGUGGUGGCGGUGGUGGCGGUGGCGGUGGUGGCGGUGGACGCGUCGGGAGUCACGGUUCUCCUCUGCUGGCGGACCAGGGGGUUGGCGGUGACGGUGGCGGUGAUGGGGGGGCAGACAGGCUAGACACGGACGCGGUGGCGCGCGUCGCUGCCCGCCCUCCCCUGUCCUCCGGAGACACGGCUGGCCGCUUGUCCCGGCUGGAGCAGGAGUUCCAGGGCCUCGCCACCAUGCUGGACAUGCUCAAGGCUCAGAACGUGGAGUUGGUGGGUCGCGUGAAGCAGCUGGAGUCCUGCGAGUGCCGCCGGCCGGCGUGCGAGUGGCAGGGGCGAGCCCGUGCCCACGACGAGCGCUGGGAGGGCGACCCGUGCCACUCCUGCUCGUGCCGCGCCGGCUCCGUGGAGUGCGUGCCGCGCGCCGACCGCCCAGAGUGCGCCGGCUGCAGCUACGACGGGAAGAUCUACAAGAACCAGGAGACGUUUCACAUCAACGCCUGCACGUCCUGCGUGUGCGUGAAUGGAGACGUCAGCUGCAAGGAGGAGGAGUGCGCUCCAGCCAAGUGCCGCAACUCCGUCAAGAAGCCCGGAGUCUGCUGCCCCACGUGUCCCAAGGACUGCGAGGGUGGCCAUGCGCACACGGUCACGUGGGCUCCCGACGACUGCACCACGUGCCGCUGCACGGAUGGGAUUGCUGAGUGCCAGGCGACCGUGUGUGCUGAGCUCAGCUGCCCUGUCACUCAGCACCUGCCUGGGCAGUGCUGCCCCUCCUGCCGGCCUGGCUGCGAGUAUGAAGGACAGCGUUACAAGGAUGGGCAGUUCUUCACCGCAAACAGCAACCCCUGUCUGAAUUGCUCUUGUUUGGACAGCCUGAUCCGCUGCUCGCCCGUGCACUGCCGGCCACUCACGUGCAGCCACCCCGUGCAAAGACCCGGGCAGUGCUGCCCAGAGUGCCGCGGAUGCCAAAUCAACGGCCAGGCGCUGGAGAAUGGAGAGACGGUCAACCCCGGUGGCGGCUGUCAGAAAUGCACCUGCCUGGGCGGCGAGCUGGGAUGUGACCGGGGCGCACCGGUGUGCGAGCUGCCCUCCUGCCCCCACCCCGGCCGCCCGGAAGGGCAGUGCUGCCCCGCGUGCGACGGGUGUGAGUUUGAGGGGCAGACGUUCCGCAGUGGAGAGACGCGACCCUCGCCCCUCGCUGGGCCCUGCAUCCAGUGCACCUGCACGAGCGGCACGGUUCACUGCGUGGAGGAGGUCUGCCCCCCGCUGCCCUGCAUGGAGCCCCACGUGGAGCCGGGACGCUGCUGCCCCAUGUGUAGAGGCUGUGUGGUAGACGGGAAGGAGGUCGCGGAGGGCGCGCGAGUGGAGGGGCCGGACGAGACGUGCCCAACCUGCCGGUGCCUCGACGGGCAACUCCUGUGCCACGGGGCGCUCUGCCUCCCCACGCUCUGCCAGCAUCCGGCCCGCAUUGCCGAGGAUUGCUGCGCCGUCUGUGAUCGCUGCAGCUACAGAGACCGCAUGUUCAGCAAUGGCCAGGCCUUCACUGACCCCAGCGACCCAUGCCUCAACUGCCUCUGCCAGGACGGCACCGUGACCUGCGACCCUGCCGCGUGCCCUCCGACCCCAUGCAGCCGCCCGGAGAAGGUGGAUGGCCACUGCUGUCCGAGGUGCCCCGGUGAGACGGAGAGAGACACCUGCACCCGGGGCUCGAACCUAGGCCCCCAGAGACGCUGGCCCAUUGUGUCUGACACGCCCAUCACGUGCCCCACGAACUCGCGCAGCCACGGAGUGAUUUCCGGUUUUACUCCUCCACAUUCAGAAUGGACGUCCGUUUCGAGUUUUUUUGGCUGCUAUGAACUUCCAGACGGUGAUGAGUGGCAGGCCGGGCAGCGCGUGGCGCGCCGCACGGAGCCCUUGCCGUCAUCCCCACACGCCCGCCCGCUCCCACCAGACUGCACGUUCGAGGACCGCGUGUGGCGCGAGGGGGAGCGCUUCCCGAACCCCGCGGGCAGCUGCCAGGACUGCGUGUGCCAUGACGGGCGCGUGGAGUGCCGGGAGCGGGCCUGCCCUCAGCCCGCCUGCCCUCACAGCGCGCCGGGCGCCUGCUGCUCCAACAACUGCAACGGCUGCAGCUAUGCCGGGAAGGACUACCCCAACGGGAUGGAGUUCCCACACUCCUCUGACGAUUGUCGCGUCUGCCACUGCAUCAACGGCAAGGUGCAGUGUCCCAAGAAGCGCUGCCCCGUGCUGGGCUGCCCCGACUCACUGCUGCCCCCAGGAGCCUGCUGCCCCAAGUGUCCAGAGCCCCCCGCGGGCUGCGUGUACCUGGGCGUGCGCUACGACCACGCUCAGCGGUUCUACGACCCGAGCGAGCGGUGCCGCGCGUGCGUGUGUGCCAACGGCACGGUGACGUGCAUGCGGCGGCCGUGCCCACCGGCGCCGUGCUCGCACCCGCGGGCGCACGCCUGCUGCCCCUCCUGCGACGGCUGCCUCCUGCACGGCGUGGAGCUGGUGGAGGGGGAGCGCCGGCCGCAGCCCGGCGAGCCGUGCCGCGAGUGCGUGUGCGCGGCGGGCUCCGUGACGUGCCACGCGCCGCGCUGCCCCGCGCCCGCUUGCCCGCACCCGGCGCGCGGGCGCUGCUGCCCGUCCUGCGACGGCUGUGGCUACCUGGACUCCGAGUACCUCAACGGGCAGGAGUUUGAGGAGCCGGGCUCGCCGUGCCGCGUGUGCGUCUGCUCCGACGGCGCCGUGACGUGCCGCGUGCGCCCGUGCCCCCGCCCCGCGCGCUGCACGCACCCAGCGGUGCCGCGCGGCGCGUGCUGCCCGGCGUGCGACGGCUGCGUGGUGGACGGAGUGACGCACAAGAACGGAGUUUCAUUCCUCGACCCCAAGGACGACGUCUGCUCUCGCUGCACGUGUUCGGAGCGGGCGCAUUCCGCGGCGAGGGCCUCGCCCUCCGUCCCUACGCGUGCCGCUGGACGGGAGGUGGCAGGGCCGGGGGUUUUUGAUGCCGUGGGCGGAGAGGGCUGCCGGUUCCAGGGCAGAGACUACGCGGAUGGAGACGUUUUCCCUGCCCCCAAGGCGCAGUGUCAGGACUGCACCUGCAAGCGAGGCUCCGUGCGCUGCUCCCCCCGCGUGUGUCCCUCCGCCCCCCCCGCCGGCGGGCCCUGCCCCCACCCGGGGCUGGACGCUUGCGGCUGCGCCGAGUGCGGCAGCUGCCGGUUUGGGGGGCGGGCGUGCGCCGACGGGGAGGCGUUCCCCCACCCCGGCGAGCCCUGCUCCACCUGCCUGUGUCAGUCGGGCCGUGUGACGUGCGAGCCGCCCGCGUGCCCCCCGCUCAGCUGCGCCGACCCGGAGCCCCCCGUGCCCCCCGCGUGUUGCCCCGUGUGCUCGGGGGGGUGCCGCGUCGAGGGGGGGGGCCCGCGCGUCCCCCACGGACGCCGCUACGAAGACCCCCGCAGACCGUGCCACUCCUGCACCUGCAGGAACGGCGACCUCUCCUGCUCCCCGCGCCGCUGCCCCCGCCCGCGCUGCUCCCACCCGCUGCCGGCGCGGCCCCCGGCCUCGUGCUGCCCCUCGUGCGCCGGCGGCUGCCUCCACGAGGGCGUCGAGCUGGCCGAGGGGCAGGCGGCGCCGCGGCCGGAGCGUGCGCCCUGCCAGCGCUGCGUGUGCCUGGCGGGCAGCGUGCUGUGCGCGCCCGUCGCCUGCCCCCGCGAGGGCGCCGCCUGCCUCCGGCCCCGCGUGCCCGAGGGGCAGUGCUGCCCCGUGUGCGAAGGCUGCAUGCACAUGGGCGUGGAGCUGAGCGAAGGUGACACCUGGACCGACCCUCGUUCCCCGUGCGAACUCUGCGUCUGUAAGGUGGGGCGCGUGCUUUGCGAGCUGGGGGAGUGCAGCGACUGUCUGCACGAAGGCCGCUCGCUCGCGGACAGAGAAACCAUCCAGCCAGACGCCUGCACCACCUGCACCUGCCAGGCAGGGAGUGUGCAGUGCACAGCAAAUCCGUGUCCUCCUCUCCGCUGCGUCCAUCAGUUCACGGUUCCGGGGGAAUGCUGCCCACAGUGCCAAGGCUGCGUGUACGAGGGGCAGGUGCACGAGGAGGGCUCCGCGUGGGUGCCCGCGGCGCGGCCGUGCCUCUCCUGCGCCUGCGACUCGGGCGUCGUCACGUGCUCCGCGCCGCUCUGCGUCGCCGUGUCGCCCUGCGCGCCGCCGACCUCCGACCCCGGCGACGGGCGGUGCUGCCCGCGGUGCUCCGGCUGUGUACACGGCAGUGUAACCCACAAACCAGGACACUCGUUCCAGCCGUCAGGCGACCCCUGUGAGAUCUGCUUCUGCGAGGAGCUGUCGAGCGGCGAGCACGUGCUGCACUGUGAGCGCAGGAUGUGCCCGAGCCUCGUGGACUGCCCCCAAGCCAGCGUGCAGCCUCCCCUACCGGGCAGCUGCUGCCCCACCUGCACAGCGGCUCUGGGCAACUGCUCGUUGUCGGUGAGCGGGCGCCAGGUGUACGCCAGCGAGGACCCCUGCUACGUGUGCGAGUGCCAGGAGUUCACGUGGGUGUGCGUUCGCCAGCUGUGCCCCACCCUGAGCUGCCCCCUGGUGGAGCAGUUCACCCCACCUGAGUCGUGCUGCCCCAUCUGCGAAGAUUGCGUGAUCGAGGAUCGACGCAUACCCGACGGAGGGACUUUCCUCGACGGAGCAAACAGCUGCAUCACCUGCAUCUGCUCGCUUGGACACGUAGAAUGCACCAUCGAAGAAUGUGCCCCGGUGCAUUGUGGGAUGGGAAUGGAGCUCGAAAUUCUUCCUGGGGUGUGCUGCCCCGAAUGCCGAGAGCGGAGCGUGCCGUGCGUGUACGCGGGCCGCGAGCUGGGCCCCGGUGCGCGCUGGGCCGUGGACGAGUGUACGCGCUGCGUCUGCGUGGGUGGCUCCGUGCACUGCAGCACGGAGCGCUGCGCCCCGCCGCACUGCCCCUCCGACGAGAUCCCGACGCUGACGGGCGGCGCGUGCUGCCCCCGCUGCCUGCCCCGCCCGGCCACGUGCGUGGUGUUUGGUGACCCGCACUACCGCACCUUCGACGGCGCCACGGUUCACUUCCAGGGCUCCUGCAGCUACACGCUGGCGCAGGACUGCGCCGCGCGCGACUUCACGAUCCAGGUGACGAACGACAACCGUGGCCUGCAGGGCGUGUCGUGGACGCGCGACGUGCUGGUGCGUGUCGGGGAUGCACACGUGUGGCUGUUGCAGGACUGGGAGGUCAAGGUGAAAGGCGAGACCGUGACGCUGCCGUACCUGAAGGAGCCGCACCUGUACGUGGAGAGGAAAGCGAACCACAUCCUCCUCAACACCAACAUCGGCCUCAAGGUGCUGUGGAACGGCAAGAGCCACCUGGAGGUGAGCGUGCCCGGCUCCUACAAGGAGCGGACAUGCGGCCUGUGCGGGAACUUCAACGGCAUCGCGCAGGACGACACGAGGCUGCCCAGCAACGCCAUCGCGUCCUCGCACGCGCACUUCGGCAACAGCUGGAAGGUCACCGACCCCGACCCCAGCUCCCCCGCGCCGUGCGAGGACGCGGACGACGUGGACCCGUGCCGCCGCGCCGGCUACCGCGCCCACCGCGAGGCCAACGCGCGCUGCCGUGCCCUGCGGGGCGCGGCGGGCGGCGCCUUCGCCCCGUGCCGGGCCGCCGUGCCGCCCGCCGCCUUCUACGCCGCCUGCGUCUACGACCUCUGCGCCUGCGCCGCCGGGCUCGGCGGCGGCGGCGGCGGCGGCGGCGGCGGGCCGGCGACGUCGCCCGAGACGUCGCCCGAGACGUGUCUGUGCGACGUGCUGGAGGCGUACGCCGCUCGCUGCCACGCCGCCGGUGUCCACGUGCAGUGGCGCACGGCCACGUUGUGCGCCGUGGACUGCCCGACGGAGCGUGGCUACGUCUUCGACGAGUGCGGCCCCCGCUGCCCACGCACCUGCUACAACCGCGACGUGCCGCUCGGCGUGGUGGAGGCGGCGUGCCUGCAGCCGUGCGUGCCGGGCUGCCAGUGCCCCGCCGGCCUCGUCGAGCACCUGGGCGCCUGCGUGCGCCCCGACGCUUGCCCCUCGGUGGUGUACGGCGACGACGCGGGGCCCACCGCCGCCGCCGCCGCCGCCGCUGCCGCCGCUGCCGCCGCCGCCGCGUAACACCCCGGCGACGCCGGCGCUCGUGCCUCUCGCCCGAGAGCGGUGGAGCGUUCGCUCUACGUACGUCCGUCCGUCCGUCCGUUCCAUCCAUCCCGUCGCGUCCGUCCAUCUGUCCCAUCCAUCCCGUCCCGUCCCGUCCCAUCCGUCCGUACCGUCCGCCUACAAAUAACUCGGUGUGGGGUUAACGCCACGUGGCUACUCUGGGCCCUCUGCCGCGAAACCUGCCGCACGCCGCCGGGCCCGCGAGACGCAAAGCGGCGCAUCCCGUCGUGAUUGCCCUCGCGCCGUGAGAACCACGAAGCCGGCGCCGGCGCCGUGCUCGCGACGUGGGUGCGACGUGCGCUCCGCUGACCGGCCGUGGUAUCAAACAAAGCGGAGCCACCCUGGACCCAAUCCCCUUGCCAGCGCUGACCCUGACCCUCGGUGGUGCAUUCCAACAUUCGCCUUAACUCUCAACGCGAGCUCUGACCGCGGUCCUGGGCCAGAGUCGAACUCGCGCGCCCGUCUUCUUCACCGUGUUCAGGGAAUGUGCUCUAAACGCCUCAAACAAAGCCCUCCAACUGCACCCUCUGUCCCACAAAGCCACACAAACUCUCAUCCACACCUCACUCGCGCUACGUAGCCGUCCGUUUGUGCUUUAACUUUCGCCAGUUGCCAUUUUAGACACGUAUAUUAUAUUUUUAUAACAACAUAUUUUUAUUUUUGCGUUCACAUCAUACCUCUGCAUGUAAUUGAACCUAUAUCCAAAGACAAAGAUCCCCCGUGUAGCCUUAACAAUCUCUUGGGGCAAGUGCUGUUAGCGAGCACUGAUGAAGGCCAGAAUGGCACACGAGGGGGUGGGGUGGCCAGCAACACCACGCCCGGCCACCUUUGUCUCCCCAAGCGCUGAUGUUUUACACAGCACACCCAGGUGCUCAUUUAAGGCUGAGUCGACCUCGGGGAGACUCAGGACCGGUUCGAAUAUCUGCCACUGGUUAUGAGCGGGAGUUGAACCCGGGUUGCCGGGUCCGGAGCGUGGCGUUCACAUCCACUUCCGCGCCCCACAAUUGAACAUGCACACACACACACGUAGCCUUAACAGACUUGGGGGCAAGUGUGUGUGUGUAAUGGGUGCUAACAUCAGGGUAUUUUAUAUAUAUAAAAAUAUAUAUAAUCGCAUUUUUAUACAAACACUUGUGUGACGUGUCUAGUUUUUAACAAAGCAUUUUUUUUACGCAUAUAAAUGAUUACCAAUUGCAAAUGUAUAUAUAUUUGUUUAAUCAAUUAAAUGCAUUUGCAUACCACGUGUGUGCUGUUUGUGUGCUCGGGUCAAUGUUUUCCUUCACGAGUCAUCAAAUAAUUCGUGAUGCCAACGCUGCACACUACCGCCGCCGCCACGGCACCAGGCAUCUGCCCGCUCUGGAAGAGAGAGGACACGGACUCGUGCGGACGUGCGGUCGGUCAGAGCCGCCCUCCUCGGGCGUCACGGCAUAUCCGGGGAGACUGCCCCGGGCCCCGCGUUUUGGGGGAUGUAAUACUGAGAAAAAAAAUAAGAAUCGGCGUUUUUACCCUUUCAGCCAAUAAAACAGCAGGAGUGGCGUGAAGAUGUUCAAACACCAAACAGAAACCUUUGGCAAGGAAUCGAGUCACAGCGUGAAGCACCGCACGGUAAUUGCGGUGAACAUGCACACAACCAUGCCGUGAUAAUAGAUACGGCAUCGUCUUUGAGACUGAUGAACCUACACCAGAUAUGGCAUCGUCUUUGAGACUGAUGAACCUACACCAGAUACGGCAUCGUCUUUGAGACUGAUGAACCUACACCAGAUACGGCAUCGUCUUUGAGACUGAUGAAUCUACACCAGAUGAGACUGAUGAACCUACACCAGAGACGGCAUCGUCUUUGAGACUGAUUAACCUACACCAGAUACGGCAUCGUCUUUGAGACUGAUGAACCUACACCAGAGACGGCAUCGUCUUUGAGACUGAUGAAGCUACACUAGAGACGGCAGCCUUCUCUAUAGCCGAGUCUCACCAGCGGUGUUAGGCCAGAGAACAUCGCCAAAAGGCGAACGGUACCAGGACAAUGCCACACGUGUCGGAGCAUUUGUAGCUUGGCGUGAGCAGCUCCACAAAUGGGACCUUUUGAUACUGGCAAAAAUGUCCCAUUUUGUAACUUCCCGUUUAGUUUAAAGU